GAGGGUUUCCGCAGCGUCCCCGAGGGCCAGGCGAGCGGCGGGGGGUGCGGGCCUCGGGACGCCCAGCUGCCUCACAGCUGCCUGUCGGCUGACUGGGCUCUCAGGGUGACUCGUGGGGACACCUGUGGCUUAAAGACCUCGUCCCUGGCGGGGGCUGUGGUGGGCUGGAAGGGUCCGCACGGGCCUGGGAGUUCCACAGACCUGGCUGCCUGUACUUCCAGCCUAUUUAGUGAGCGCGUUGGCCUUGGCUAAGUAGGAGGCACUGGUGUAUCUGAUUCUGGUCUGUGCUGUGUUUGAUGAGUUUGGAAAAAGAGGAGACAGAUCUAAAGUGUUGCUUUUGUUAUCGUGUCUAGUAAGGUUAGUGUUUCUGAAGAAGUUGGCAUUUUACAGAUGAAGUUGGAGCUCUUGUUUUUGAUAUUGGAUCCUAUACUGUGAGAGCUGGUUAUGCUGGUGAAGACUGUCCCAAGGUGGAUUUCCCCACAGCUAUUGGUAUGGUGGUAGAAAGAGAUGAUGGAAGCACACUGAUGGAAAUAGACGGUGAUAAAGGCAAACAGGGCGGCCCCACCUAUUACAUAGAUACUAAUGCCCUGCGCGUUCCCAGGGAGAACACAGAGGCCAUUUCACCACUAAAAAAUGGAAUGGUUGAAGACUGGGAUAGUUUCCAGGCUAUUUUGGAUCAUACCUACAAAAUGCAUGUCAAAUCAGAAGCCAGCCUGCAUCCUGUUCUCAUGUCAGAAGCACCGUGGAAUACUAGAGCAAAGAGAGAGAAACUGACAGAGUUAAUGUUUGAACACUACAACAUCCCUGCAUUCUUCCUUUGCAAAACUGCAGUUUUGACAGCAUUUGCUAAUGGUCGUUCUACUGGGCUAAUUUUGGACAGUGGAGCCACUCAUACCACUGCAAUUCCAGUUCAUGAUGGUUAUGUCCUUCAGCAAGGCAUUGUAAAAUCCCCUCUUGCUGGAGACUUUAUUACUAUGCAAUGCAGAGAACUCUUCCAAGAAAUGAAUAUAGAACUGAUUCCUCCAUAUAUGAUUGCAUCAAAAGAAGCUGUUCGUGAAGGAUCUCCAGCGAAUUGGAAAAGAAAAGAGAAGUUGCCACAGGUUACAAGGUCUUGGCACAAUUACAUGUGUAAUUGUGUUAUCCAGGAUUUUCAAGCUUCAGUACUUCAAGUAUCAGAUUCAACUUAUGAUGAACAAGUAGCUGCACAGAUGCCAACUGUUCAUUAUGAAUUCCCUAAUGGAUACAACUGUGACUUUGGAGCAGAGCGGUUAAAGAUUCCUGAAGGAUUAUUUGACCCUUCCAAUGUAAAGGGGUUAUCAGGAAAUACAAUGCUGGGAGUCAGUCACGUUGUCACUACAAGUGUUGGAAUGUGCGAUAUUGAUAUCAGACCAGGUCUCUAUGGCAGUGUUAUAGUGGCAGGAGGAAACACGCUAAUACAGAGUUUUACUGACAGGUUGAAUAGAGAGCUCUCUCAGAAAACUCCCCCAAGUAUGCGGUUGAAAUUGAUUGCAAAUAACACAACGGUAGAACGAAGGUUUAGUUCAUGGAUUGGUGGCUCGAUUCUAGCAUCUUUGGGUACCUUUCAGCAGAUGUGGAUUUCCAAACAAGAAUACGAAGAAGGAGGGAAACAAUGCGUAGAAAGGAAAUGCCCUUGAAGAGAGUUCCCAAAGCUCUUCCUUCCUGUGUCACCUUAAGUUUCAUAGCUUUAGUAUACUCAGGAAAAGAAUGACCAUCUUUUGUAGAAUGUUUAUACAUUUUUGCAUAUUUCAAUUUCCACUUAAAAUUUUUAAGGCUUUAACUGGCUCUAUAAAUUAAGAUAAGUUUGUGCUUUCCUUGAAAUGCACUUAUUCUUAUUACAAGCAUUUUAUAAUUUUGUAUAAAUGUCUAUUUUCUCUAAAUAUUUUGCUUUCAGUAAAAGCUUUCCAACUCUGUUUAGUAUGUUAAUUACCAGUCAUUGGUAGAAUUGGUUUUUAUUGACUAGUAAAACUUACUGCCUAUGCUUUUUAUCUUAGGCUUGCAAAAUUAAAUAAAAAUUAUUAGCCAUUCCAGAAAUA